UCAUAUGAUCAUUGAUCACCACUCCAAUUGAUUUCCUUCUACUGUGUCUCUUUGGGCUUGGUUUGCGUUGCUGGGAUAUCCAAUAAGUGUUUAUUAAAACUGCUGUAGUGAUAUAAUCCCACAGCAAAAUGAAGGGGUGCAUUUUCAACAUCGAUGGUGGAUAUUUGGAAGGUUUGUGCCGUGGAUUCAAGUGUGGUAUCCUCAAGCAGGCAGACUACUUGAACUUGGUGCAAUGCGAGACCUUGGAAGAUUUGAAACUACAUCUGCAAGGUACUGACUACGGUACCUUCUUAGCCAAUGAGCCCAGCCCCCUUUCCGUGUCCACCAUUGACGACAAGCUCCGUGAGAAACUUGUGAUUGAAUUCCAACAUCUUAGGAAUCACUCUGUGGAGCCUCUGUCCACUUUCUUGGACUUCAUCACUUACAGCUACAUGAUCGACAACAUUAUUUUGUUGAUCACUGGAACUCUGCACCAGAGGCCUAUUUCUGAGUUGAUCCCUAAAUGCCACCCCUUGGGUUCAUUUGAGCAGAUGGAAGCUAUUCAUGUAGCGGCCACUCCUGCUGAGCUGUAUAAUGCAGUUCUGGUUGACACCCCCUUGGCUCCAUUCUUUGUUGACUGCAUCAGUGAGCAGGACUUGGAUGAAAUGAACAUUGAGAUCAUUCGUAACACCUUGUACAAGGCGUAUCUGGAAGCUUUCUAUGACUUCUGCAAGCAGAUUGGUGGCACUACUGCUGAUGUCAUGUGUGAGAUCUUGGCCUUUGAAGCUGAUCGCCGUGCCAUCAUUAUUACCAUCAACUCUUUUGGAACUGAGUUGUCAAAGGAUGACCGUGCUAAGCUGUACCCCCGCUGUGGCAAGCUGAACCCUGAUGGUUUAGCUGCACUGGCCCGUGCUGAUGAUUACGAACAGGUUAAAGCCGUAGCUGAAUACUAUGCUGAGUACCAAGCACUGUUUGAAGGUGCCGGGACCAAUGUUGGUGACAAGACUCUGGAAGACAAAUUCUUUGAACAUGAGGUAAGCCUAAACGUCCACGCAUUUCUGCAACAAUUCCACUUUGGCGUAUUCUACUCGUACUUGAAGCUUAAGGAGCAGGAGUGCCGAAACAUUGUCUGGAUCAGUGAGUGUGUGGCCCAAAAGCACCGUGCUAAAAUUGACAACUACAUUCCGAUUUUCUAAACAAUACAUUCUGAACUGUAAGAAUUCCUUAAAAAAUACUUUUUGCUUUGUACAUACCUAUUUAUAAUAUUGAUCAGGACACGUAAAUGUAUGUAAUACUGUUAAAAUGUAGAUAGUUGAAGAUUUAUAGCCUAACAUAAUAUACAAAAUUUCUAUACCCAUUUGAGAUUCUUUUGACCAGUCUAGCAUCAUUUUGUAUAUAACUUACAAUGGUUAUAAUGGUGAAAAUAAUGUAAAUUUUACAGUGCAUGUCAGAGUUCUAUUAUUACUUAUAGAUUACAAUAUAAUAUAAAUGAGUAUUAAUUGGUUAUUAUCUGUAAAUGACUUGUUAGUCACCAUGAGAAUUUACUUGUUUCUUGCACUAGGUACACAAUGUUAACAUCAUAAAAAUACCCUAUGUGCAGUGGUCAUCUAUGUAUAAUAAAGAAAAUGAUUGUCAAUCCAUGAUCAUAAUUUCUUGAUAACAAUCAAUAUGUAUUAUUCUUAUUGUUAGAAAAUUAUCAUAGAAGCUGUUGCUGUUGCUAUGUACGUGGCACCUCCGCCUUAAAUCCACUUCGAGACACGUGAUAACAAUGUACAUAGCACAGUCCUCUGCUAUUUAUUUUGAAAUCGUGUUAAUUAGUUUACUGAAUGUAUGGAUAUUUAAAAUCGUUGAAUACCUAUUUAAUGUUAUAUAAUUAAAGUAUUCGUAAUAAUCCAA